CUGAGAAAAACCAAGAUAUUGCUCAUGAGGCGGAGAAAAAUGAGGAAGAAACUCCCCAAAUGCAAGAGGAGGCGUCAACAUAUAAUGGAGCACAAUGCGACACCAAUGGCGACAAAGCAACUACUAUGGAUGGACUUACUGAUGUUGUCGAUGGAGCAGGAAGUGAAAAGAACCAGAAAAAAAGAAAACAUGGAGUUGUCUCCGACGAUGAGGAGUAAAUAGAAGGAUUCUUUUAAAACAAUUCUAGGAGUCGGUUCCCUUUCAUGGGGUUUUUCUUUCAUUUAUCGUACGAGGAUUUAGUCGGUCAGGAUGUCGGUUGAACUAUUUUAUUCUCUUUUUAGAUUUCGAAUUAAAGAGGAUGUUGGUUGAACUAUUUUAUUCUCUUUUUAUAUUUAUGGUUAAAG